ACAACCCCUAAACGCAAAAACCAAAACUUUCUUUUUUUUUCUUUCUAUCCAAACAGAAAAUAAAAAAUCGUUUUCUUUUUCACUUUUACAAGCCUUUUCAGUUAUGGCAACUACACGUUUAUAUAUUUUUUAUAUGGAAAUUGCAUAGAUUUUGCCAGUUUUUAAAACCGAAUUGAAAACCCCCAAAUUCAAUUAAACUUCCCUUGCUGUUGCAAAGAAAAAAAAAGUUUUAAAAGAAAAACCCAUCAUUAAAAGUUCACUCGUUUUCUCAUCUAUAAAAAGUCACCCCCCCCUUUUUGAAAGGCAGGUCAAAUCACCAAAUCUCAUCACAAAAAGACUCCAAAUUUCUUCUCUGUACUUUUCUUCAUUUUUAUUUUCUUUAUAUUUGUUAGUUUAGUAUCAAAUCCAUGUCGGUUUCUGGUAUCCAUGGCCAUGUUCUCGAGGUUACUGUUGUUGGAUGCAAUAGAUUGAAAGAUACUGAAUGGCUUUCAAGGCAAGAUCCUUACGUUUGUCUUGAAUAUGGCAGCACUAAAUACCGUACUAGAACUUGCACUGAUGGUGGCAAAGCACCUGUAUUCCAAGAGAGGUUCACAUUCACAUUGAUUGAAGGGCUUAGAGAGAUCAAUGUUGUGGUUUGGAACAGCAAUACAUUGACUUAUGACGAUUUUAUCGGCAGUGGAAAGAUUCAAUUGCAGAAGGUUCUUUCUCAGGGUUUUGAUGAUACUGCUUGGUCACUUCAGACUAAAACCGGAAGAUAUGCCGGAGAAGUACGGCUGAUAAUGCAUUAUGGAAAUGCCAAACCGCCAACCACAACAUAUGCUCCGACAGCACCACAAUAUACAGCUCCUCCUCCACAUGUCCCUCAAUAUUCUGCACCUCUGGCAACUUAUCCUGCUUCUUAUCCACCACCGGCUACAACAUAUCCGUCUCCAUCACCAUAUCCAGCGUAUCCUUCAUCUGCAUACCCUCCUCCACCUUCGGCUUAUCCUCCACCACAUUCGGCUUACCCUCCACCACCUUCCGCAUACCCUCCGCCACCUUCAUCGUAUCCCCCAUCUACGUAUCCACAACAAUCACCCUAUUAUCCGCCAGGUCCUUUCCCGGGUCAUUAUCCCCGACCACCGUACUAAAACCUCCAAGGAGGAGACAAUUCCUCAUCGGCCAAGGGUUUCACGCGUCAACCAAAAGCAAAAAUGAGAAGUAAUUAAAAUAUUGUGUGGGAACAGAAAACUUAGAACUCUGUAAUAGCCAUUGUAUAGUUUUGACUUUUUAUGAUGAUAAUACAUUUCAGUUUGUGGAUUUCUUUUUAGGUCA